AUGGAUCGGCAGCAGCAGUCCAAGCCGCAGUGUGAGCUAGAGAGUAAGUCGAGGCGACAGCUGAGCUCGCUGCGACUGUCGGAGUCGCGGGCGGUGCUGCGGAGCAAGUCGCAGGCGUCGUUGAGGGCGCUGGUGACGGGCAAGCAACUGGCCGCGAGCCACAGCAACGGAAGCGGUAGCUUGGCAGACGGAGGCGAGGUGCGGCGGCAGGACUCGAUGGUUGACGUGAGCUCGUUUGUGGCGCCUCCAGCAGCGCCAACCAAUGUGCGGGCCUCGUAUGCCUCGCUGCAGCCUUUCACAUCGUACAUGGACGAGCUCCACGUCGAGUCACUCGUCCGCAUCUCCUCGCUCCAGGCCGCCAUUCUCAAGUUUGAAGAGGCUGAUGAGGACGAAUCGGGUGGGCUAGACCUCGGUGAGUUUGUCGAUGCUUUUGGUCCCAUUCUGGGCACAGAUCUCGGCGUGGACACAGACAAGGUUGAGGAGCUCUUCCACAAGAUCGACGCCAACCAAGACGGGACCGUUGACGCGCAAGAGUUCAUCGACCACUUUAUCUCGACCUCGGCGGGCAUGCUUGGUGAAGUCCCCGAGUCCCUUGACGCCGGCGGCUCAUCGGCCGCCGGCGAGGCCGCAGCCACCACCUUUGCUCGCGAUCCGCCGCCGCCGCCACCAAAGUACCCUCUGGCCGCGCCGAUUGCGCACAUGUUCUACGCGCCGACAUUCAAGAACUACAUGGCAGUGGCCAGCGACGGCACGCUUGCUGCUUACAAGACAACGACUCUCGAGCGGGUGCUGACGGUUCAUGCUCCGGCUUCAGCUCCGCGGGUUACUUGCGCCACGUACAUCUCCGACUUUGAGACGCUUGCUCUCGGCGCUCAUGACUUUCGAGUCCACAUGUACAAGCUUGAAGGAACCAACACCAUAUUGGGCUUUGACGAGGUCUCGACGCUCAAGAUCGGCCCGCUCAAGUCGUUCCGGCUCAAGAUCGAGACUGCGGUCUCGUCGAUGUCGUUCCGCGACAAAGUCCCGUCGCUGGCCAACGUUCCGCUCGCGCUCGACUACACAAGCCUGCUGAGCGAUCCAGACCGGGCACUCUUUGCAAUUGGCGACGACACCAGCUGUGUCUCGAUCUUUGGCCUCUCCAAGCUUGCAGUCAUGACCGACGAUCGCGGGCUGGGCCAUGCGCUCGACGUGCGCGCCAUUCGUGCCGGAGACGUUCCAACCUCGCUCUCGCACAUUGCGCUACCUGUGAGUGAUGACGAGGCGUGGAUGAAGGGCCUUGUGCUCCUGCCGAGCGCAUCAUGCGAGUUUGCGGCAGCGUACGACUUGCCGGACACGUCGCUUGUGGUCGGCAGCGUGCGGCCUGACGGCGCGCCUGGCCCGUUUCGCAUCGGGGCAGUUCCGGGCGGUGUGCAUUCGGUGGCCACAUGGACAACUCUGAGCCAGGUCCCGUUUCUGGCCACCGGUGGGCGCGACACACGACUGCGAGUGUGGAAGCCGUCGAUUCUGACCGACCCGCUGCUGGUGUUUACCGGCCACACGGCACCAAUUGCCAAGGUUGUUCCGGGUCUCAACGACUACCAGCUUCUCUCGCUCGACACUGGGAACACGGUCAAGGUAUGGGACAUUCGAGUGAGCAACUGCUUGGCUACAUUUGCCGGCGUCGAGCUGGGCAAUCUGGAGGAGUGGCGGCGGCAUGGCAUGGAUGGCCCACCAGACGCGGUCACGCAACUGCUGCCGGAUCGGCUGCGGCGGCGGAUUGUGGCGUCGUCGAACGAGCUGUACUCGUUCUCGCGGGUCCAGAAGCGCGAGCAUGCACUCGACAUCACCCACUAUCAGCCGCUGGUGACAGUUGUUCACGAGCCGUACUUUGGCAAUGUGGUGACUGCAUCCGAGGACGGAACGGUAGCGGUGUGGUCGGUGACAACCGGGACCAAGAUCAAGGAGUUUGCCGGCGCGACGCGCGGCGAUCCGCUGACCGCCAUGAUUCUGUGCAACAAGACUCGGAUUGCGACGGCAUCGCGGACGGGCAAAGUCUUCAUCUGGAACUUUAUGAACGGCAAGUUCCUCAAAGAGCUGCACAACAUUGACUCGGCCGAGGUCUCGGACCUUGCCUUUGCGCAUCAGCACUCGGCCCACAACACGUUUGUGAUGGAGCAAGUGGCGCGGGUGACGUCGCGCAAGGCCGCUCACGAGUUGCUUACCACGCUGCGACCGACCGAGGAUAACAAGUAUGUGAUCGCCGUCGGCUGGUCACGGCGACUGGCGGUGUGGCGCGACACGAAGCUCGAUGCCGACGCGUAUGUGUGGAAGCAGCUUCCCUCGCAUGGCGGAGUGUUUGACGACGAUGGCGAGAGUGCUGGCGAGAGUGCGUCUCGCCGGGCGCGCCGAGCGCGCCGAUCUCGGGCUGCCGCUGAGCAUGGCGUCGACGUCUCAUCGUCUGGCUGGGCCAAGGCCAAAGCCCGCGCCCGAGCGGAAACAAGAGCCCGUGCCCGGGCGAUGCGCGCACGAACUGCAGGCAAGGCGUCUCCGACGCCGCGGCGGAGCAGUUUGCUUGCAUCAACCGUGGCGUGGGAAGAGGACUCGGAGGACGACGAAUACGAGUACGAGUACGAGUACGAUGGCGGAGGGACGAGCGAGUUUGGUGGUCUUGGAGGGCACGACGAGCCACACCGUGAGGACGUACUCUGCUGCGAGUUUUACCCGCCCAACUUGCUGGCGUCGGCAGCGUACGAUGGCGAGAUUGUAGUGUGGAACCUCAACUCACAGCGGGAGCUGCAACGGAUGCAGGCGCCCGAGCAUCGCGAGCUCGUCGAGUCGUCGCACGCUGCAGGCGUUCUCGACCAUGUCGCGGCGCUUGACGCAGCGUCGAUUGGCGCCAUGACCUUUGUCGAGCCGCCGAGUAGGGCCAAAGCUGGCGGUGCGCUGCCGGCGAUUGCCGCUGGCUCUGGCGACGGCAUCGUGCGAAUUUGGCAACUGUGGGAUACCAAGAUGCCGCCAGUGACGACUCGGCGGCCGCCCGAGGCUGAAACAUCGGUCAAGGCGGUCGCAUACGACCCGAUGCUCUCGAUGCUGUUUGUAGGUGACUCGCGCGGGCGGAUCGGGGUCUACUCGUUGCGGGUGAGCUCGGAUCCGGGUGCCAUGCGGUGGUCGGUCGACGCUGGCCUAGUCGCGCUUGUCCAGGCUCAUGCAUGGGACGUCCCGCUUGUCUCACUACAAAUCGUUUCUUCGCGGCGCAAGCGGUACUCGGGCUAUCUAGUCUCGGGGGCGUCAGACUCUCGGGCUCGCCUCUGGCGGGUCAGCCCCGGUGCCGGCGGCCUCGGGUUCAUCGGCACCUUUGGCCAGCCGGCCAAAUGGAACCUGACCGAGGCCAAAGACAAUCUACCACCAGACAUGCCGCGGUCUGACGACGAGUCCGAUACCGAGAGCGGCGCCAGCGACAGCGUGGCGCUGCUGGCGGUAGUGGUGGCAUGGCGGAGCAUGUCAGCCGGUGGCGGCAGGACGGAUUCAAAGUAUGUCCGUGACGUUGUCGGAUGGUCUGAUCCGGAUGAUUUGGAAGAGCUUCGGCGAAAGCUGGGCGAGUACAACAAGAACAUGUAUGAUGCAGAGGCUGAAAAGUUGGGUUUCUCCUUUGCUGCCACCAAGUGGUCCUCGCUUGAGCGCCAGGAGAUUCGUUUCGACGUCCUCGCUAACUAUACCGAUGGCUUUCACGCGCUGGAUGGUCAGCAAGUGGUCGAUGUUGGGUGCGGUCAAGGCGCGCUGUUUGAGUAUGUUCGCAAAAACGCACCAGCUGUCGACAUGCGGUAUAUUGGUAUCGAUGUGUCCAAGGUCAUGGUAAGGACCGCCAAUGUCCGGCAUGGCCUGGUCCGUGGUGGUCAGCUCCGCAAGCUCCUCAAACGCUAUCCCGUCCUCGCCGACGUCAAGGUUGUCCGUGGGCCAAAAGACAAGACAAGGCCCAAGUUUGUGGUGCAAGACUUCCUGGACCCGGAUGCAGGCGUCGCCGCCGACUACUACGUCUGCUCGGGUUGCAUGACCAUCGGCGACGCCAAGCUGUGGGACAAGGUCUCCAAGCCGUUUGUCGUCAAGAUGGGCAGGCUCUCCCGCCGUGGCAUGUACUUUAACAUGCUCUCGCAGCGCCACAUGAAGUCCUACCCGGGCUUUGCCUUUUACGACUACGACGAGAUCUGCCAGUGGCUGGCCACUGUCUUCCCCGACGCCACCAUCCACGCCCGCCACGACUACCUCGAGUUCCGUGACUUUUCGAUCUUUGUCGAGUUUUAAGGAUGGCGGUGCUAGUAGAAGCGAGGCCAACACAGCCGAGUCAUGAUGAUGACGACGACGAUGACGACGAGGAGGAGGAAGAGGAGGAGGAGGAGGACGACUUCUUCUUGGCAGCGGCAUCGGCGGCAGCAGAGCUCGCGUCCGAGUCCGAGUCCGAGUCCGAGUCCGAUGACUGUGCGGCAGACGGC